GCCUGUGUGAGGUAGUAAGCUUCGACAAGCAUAUCCUGCCCGAUGGGAAUUAUUUUCUAGCCGAUGGAUUGGCAUGCAUCUGCGACGAUUUGGAGUUGUACCUGGAGAUGCUCAACAUUUUGCAGCUGCACGCCGCGUACGAUGAGCAGCAGUGCACCAGGAGCCCACUGUACCAAAAGGUUCUGCUCAAGUUCGACCUACUAAACGGUGGAUUUGAGCGGCUGUUGAAAAACGAUGCGGCCUCCACGCUAAAUCUCAUCAAAACCAGGAACCUUGCCGAGCGAUUGUUGGCCAUCUUUCGUGUCCCUUACCAUCCGUCGGUAAGGAAGCUGCUGCAGCAAACCGAACACACGUUCAUUAUGCGAUGGGCAAUCGGGCAGAUCAGUCUGAAGGAGGGGGAGGAUUCGCAGUGCGUGACCGUGUUGCAGCCGGAUAAACUGGCCACGGAAGAGCAAAUGCAGCGAUGUUUCCUCCACGUCGUAGCGGAAUAUCUGCAGUACGAAGGGCCAAGCCUGAACGAGGCUCACGAGCUGCUGGAUCGGUUGGAACUGAAUGUGUUCAGCAGUUUGGAUUUGUUCUAUCUGUUUGAUCUGUGUCGAAUACUGCUGGCGCAAACUUCCCAUGAGGUGGUGGCCGUAUGGGUACUGAGAAACCUGGUAGAUGUGUGCAAAAACCACUACACCAAUCCUGACAUUACGGAGCAGAUUAUCGAUCUGUACGGUGCUUUAACCGCCUUCGUGAGCCCGUACGAAGACAUGAUCCGCAACGUAACGAUCGUGCUGUACUCGUUCGUAAAACAGUGCGCCAAACACACGUACUCUACCGAGCUGCAGGUGAAGAUACUGGCGCAGGUGAAGUAUCUGCUCCGCGCUUACCCGCAGCACAUCCGUACGCCAACGCACGAGAGCAUCUACAACGGAUUGGUGCCGUUGCUGAGCAGCCCAAGCUAUCGCAUCAAGCUGGAAGCGGUCAGGAAUAUUCUGCACUUCAUGCAGCUCGAAUGGUCACAUCCUGACCUUUCUUCGGUUCCGUGCAGCUUUUACGAGUUUCAGCUGCAACUGUACGAUCAAAUUCAGUUCGAGGAGCUACUAGCGACCGACGGUGGGAUGGACAUGAACGAUGAGAGAAUGAACGUGAUUAGCGGCUGCCUUCAGCUGCUGUUGGGCAUCUUUCGCAUUAGCUUCAUGCUGCGUCGGCGCGCGUUGUGCGAUUUUGUGCUGCUCGUUCAGUUGGGAAGCGUAAACGAUGACAAAAUGGCAAACACCAUACGGCUUAUGCGCACCUCCAGCGAUAUCGACUUCUGCCAGCUGCUUCAAGCUAACCUGGACACCGUACUCGAGCUAUGGCUAACCAAAGGGAAUCGGUUGCUGCAUUUCCCGUUCCGUCUAGCGGGAAAGAUCGCCACGAUCGAAGAGUUUAUCCAACUGUUCAAGAAAAACAUUUCCUUCGUCAUACUCUGCAUGCAGCCGGAACGGUUCGAACAGUUCUGCAAAUCGAUUGGCGUACAGCAGGCAGAAAUGGUGAAGAGUAUACUGCCGAAAUGUGUUUCGUUCCUUCUGCCCAAGUACGCCAAAUGUGAAGGGAUGGCGCCCAAGUAUGAUGCAAUAGCUAGUCGGAUGCACAAAGCACUUGCCCCUAUAAUAAGCACGGUAGAUCUUAAAGAUUACGUGUCGGAAAUUAUCAAACACCUCACCCACCGAUUGAACGAUCACGUUGAGCUGGGCAAGCUGUUGGACCAGGACCUGCCAAGCUGCUUCGUUGCCGAUCUGUCGCUUAGCAAAGCCACUUACUCGACGGCGCUCGAGCACCUGAAACAGUCGGUAUGGGGAUCGCAAUCGUUCAAGUACACGCUGCUGAGCAAUUUGUGUUUUAAAAACAGCUCACCAAUUGAACGCACCCUAACGGAUGUCAAACGCUGGCUUUGGGCGGCUGAUGAACCGGAGCAGAAAAUGGUACAUCUCUUCCAGUACACGGUGUUUCUCGACCAUCUGAAAGAGUACAUCGGACAGCAGAAGGAACGCGCGUUCAAACCCUAUCUCGUGCGAGAUGUGGUGUAUUUCCUGUGCAACUUGUUGUCCUCCUUUCCCGCCCUACGACUUGCCACGCUCAACAGCUUCGGGCGGUUCCUGGAGCACGUGGUCGCAUCUAGCGAUGCGUGCGAGCUGCUCUCGGAACAUUUGCACUUCAUAGUGUCAUCAUUGCUGGAGGUGGAAAAUGUCGAUGCGGCAUCGGAGAUUUCUCAAAAAUCGCUAACUCUGCUACGGUUUCUGAUCUUACAACACUCUGCCGCGUUUGCGGGUGCGAUCGGUAAGCUGAAUUAUCUACCAAAGGACGAACGAUUCGAUCAGUUGCGGCUUGCUAUAUCGCGCCAAAAAACGAUCGGUCAUGAAAAUGUGCUGCCAAGGGAAGAAAUCGCGGCGCUGAUUGAGUUGCCCAAUUUAAGAUACGAAGAUUUGGCUGCGCUGAAGAUUGUGCUCACCACCAAAAAGAAAGAUCUAAAAUUAUUGUGCGAUGAGCUGAGCGAGCAAAGCGCAUCGUCGGGCGCUAAUGGGGAAAGCGUGCUUCAUCGGUUAGUCUACACUUUGCUGGAAGUUGUGCGCAGCUCCCCGUUCGACAAGCGAUCGAUGGAAGCUCUCCGAUGUUUGAGUGAAAUAGGACCGAUCGAUCUGGGAACAAUGCUGUUAAAAUCCGACGCAGAAAUGAUUGCUUACGAUACGAUCAACAACUCGAAGGAAGCAAUCGAACGAUGUGCUGCGGUGCUGCUGAGCGAAUUGAACGAGCUGAUAACGAACAGAAACGUUCCGGUUGCAAACUACGCCUCACUGAUUUGCUACAAAAUGCUGUACGGAAAAACAUUCCAUGCUUUGGCGGCCAAACUACCAACACUGCACCCAUUUUUGGGAACUUCUGCGGAAGAGAUCAAACUCUUCACUCGUACCACCGGACGCAGUUUGUCGUUGCGGCCAAUGCUUGCCAACGAACGGAUCGAGUACAGCGCUUUUGUGCAGCAGCUGUCAGCCGCGUUGCUGUCAUUUUUGGGAAAUACGAUGAUUAAAAAACUGGCCGAACAGGAAACGACAUUCGUCGAGAAGCUUGUCCCUUUGCUGGUACAGAUAACGAUAAAGCAAUUCGAAGAGUCAAUCAUCGAUAGCAUGGGCAGCUUUAUUAAUGAGUUUUUCAACGAGUUCGCUGCCAUUCAAAAUGAGGUUCACAAUAUUUUCAAUGACCCGAAAGCUAUUCAACUGAUGCUUACCAUCGUGGAGUGUGUUCGGAUACAUAAUCAAUGCUUUCCACAGUACAAAAUUUCCGUUAACUAUCUACGAAUCGCACAAGCGUCUCAAUUCUGUCAGGCACACUUUAAAGCCAUCCUGUAUGGUGACCUCUGGUACCGGGAGGAAGAGGAGCAAGGCAAGCAUGAUGCCAAACGACACCCGGAACUGCAAAACAUAAUGAAAUCAUGCCAUUUGGCGAUCGGCGUAAACGAUGCAGUUAAAUAAUUCCUCAACCCAAUCCAGGAACGGAUGGAAUAUUACCGUCUAGAGCAGAAUUACGCCAGAUGCUUGGUUAUGCAAGAUGCAAGCACACCGUGGUCGCAAGAUACCGCCCUGGACAGUGCGGGCACACAGAAUGCCAUCUUGCAAACACUGAAAGACUCCUCAC